AUGUGGCGGAAUCGGGAACACCAGAAAUCAAACUUAGUCCGAAGCUUAUUCGAGGAUUUGCCAGAGUUACCUACAAUUUCAGAAACAAAUGAACUGAGAUCCAAUUUAUCCGAUAUAUCUUCAGCAGACGGUUCGUCCAGAUCAUAUAGUCCUCUGCCAGAUCUUAUUAUAGAAAGGGAAAAGAACCGUCAUGAUGAACCGGAGGAAUACUAUCAGUUGUUAGAAAGAAAAAUGCUUAAAUUAUAUAGAAAAUUAUUCCAUGGUGUUGAAUAUGAAACCGAUUACGAAGAUGAUACUUAUACUAAAAUCAUUGAGAUUAAUAAUAAUGAGACUGAUUCUGAGGAUGAUAUUUCUAAAGAUGAACAUUUUUCUAGUAAGUCUACUGAAGUUAGUACCUCCAAAACAAGUUCAAAUAAUGUUAGUGUAUUAAACAAAGGUGCUAUGAGUUUCGAUGUCAAUGAAAGCGAUUCUUCGGAAUUGGAUUUUGAAUUUUUAAAACCAUUAUUUAAAAUAAAUCUGUCAGGAAGAAACAAUCAAGACUCAACCGGUUCAAAUUUCACUGUGGUGGUCACUGAUGAUUCAGGUGAAAUCGAAACUAUGCGAAGAGAUAAAUGUGAUUCAAAAUCACUAGGCUCCACUCCAGAAGAUACGAUGUACGAUAGUAAAGAGAGCCUUACUCCAGUUAUUGAAAUGGAUAAAGAAAUGUUACUUAUGGAAAAUAUUACGCAAUGCGAUGAAUCAAUAGCAGUACCGGUACCAGAUACCGGAACAACGUUAGAAUCCAACGAGAUACAAGUAAUUACAAUAAAUACUUCAUUACAAUACUUAGAAAAUUCCGUAAAAUCAAAUAGCUCUCCUUUAAAACGCGGCAGUUCUCAUAGCUGGUCGGACAUUGCCGAAGAUUCUCAGUCUGAAACAUCUGAGCUUGACGUGUCAAAUCAUGGUAGUGAGAUCAAUGAGAUUGAAAAUACAGAUGAGGAAUUAUUUGAUGAUAAUUUAUACAUUGUUAGAAUUUUGUAUCCUUUAUGA